GAAAGUCGCUUCGGUUUGAGUUGAGCUUGCGAUACGGAUCUCGUCGUUUCUGUGCUUCGGGGUAAAAAACUAGCUACUUGGAGAGCUUGACCUGGCAUUCGUGACGUUUCGGUUUGGUGAGAGGACAGAAUCUGUGAGUUAGAGCGUAUGUUGGUUUAUUUGCUGGGGUUCUUGGAACUUCUUCUACUGACGUGUCGUCCAUUUCUUUGCACAUGCACGCGUACGAUGCUUUCUUUCGAAAAAACUACAGCUAAUUCAACAUCUCAGCACCUCGCAUCAUCGAAGAACACCAAGAUUAAAGAAUAGCAAAAUCACAACCAAAUAGUUCUAAAGCACGACCGUAGUUGGAGCAGAACCACUGGAAGAAACAGCUCUACCCCUACUUCACGACGUUCACCUCCUUUUAUUGCAGCAAAAAAUCCUUGCCAAAAUAAAAGGAACAUCAUGCCGCGCGCUUCUCUCGGGUGCACCCUGGAGAACCGGGAGAGCCACUAUGCGGAGUAUCAAAUGUAAAAAUGUCUGGGUCUGGAAGAUUUUUAGAUUUGUCAUGCAUAUUUUCCAUGACCCAUGAUGUCUGUGAUGCAUACUGUAGCAUCACAGAUUUUUAGAGCGAUUUGUGAUACCUCUACCGCAUGAGAAAUGCCCUCUACGCGUAGCACGAACUGGAGUCCUCCUGCUGGUCAUGCAAUACAAUUUUUUUCAGAUGAAUCCAGAGACAGCAUUACAAGUUUAGAAUUUUCCAGACCCAGACACUUUUGCAUUUGAUACGGAGCCCACGGACCCCAUGUGGAACCGGGACGUGCGCGGGAGCGAGCCCGGCCCGGGGACCUACGAUCCCUACCCGCUGCUGAACCCGGCAACACACAGCAUGAGAUCCGCCAACUAUUUCCCGGACCGCGCACUCCAGUACCCCGGUGGGUCCCUGUACGCGCAGCAACCGAUGUGGCUCUCAUUGCCGCAAAAGGAGAGAAAUCGCUUCUGGAUGCAGCACCGAGACCAGCUGGACGCGCGUAAGUUGAAGAAGCUGGAAAAAGUUUUCGUCGACUGGCGCGACAAGACGUCCGCGCCGUCCAGCUCCCAACAACCCGGCGGGCCGACGUCGCCAACCGCACGCCAUUUCACCUACCAGGCGAACCAGAUUUCCACGGAAGUGUUGUCCAACAAGAUGCCCGGCGUCGGGAAGCCAAUAUCCGAGUGCAAAACAACUAGUCCUCGGCCUCCUCGUCCCUCUCAUUUGUACUUUUACUUCUAUGUGCAAUGAAUAGAGCCCAACCCCAAGAAUCCAGCACCAACAGUGAACGCCCUUUGAUGUUGGCAUAGUCUGCAUGAAAAAUUCAUUCGGAGGUUGUACUAGCGGCCUACUAGGAACUUUUGUCAUGCACACCAGGGUCCUCGUCGUUCAUGUGGUCUCCUGGUGUUCUUUCUAUUGAUGUGUAAGUAUAGUAAGUAUGCCUGCCUUUCAAAAAAUGAAGGGGACGACGAGCAGCGGGACGACGAGUUGUGCACUCUGAUAGCCGAGUCAAGUGGAACAAAUGUCCAGGACGGUCCCGGCGCGAUUUUUCGACUCGGGCAUGGGGCCGACAAACUCGAGCUCCUCCUCGAAGAAGGAUAUCACACAGAAAAAAACUGGCAGGUCAUAUUUGGAAUGCAAAAAUAAAUAGACACAAAAAAUUUGUAUUGCGUAGCCUAAAUAGCAUGCUAUGAGGCCGCCCAUGACAGAUCUCCCUUUGUAUUUAUUUUUGCAUUACAAAUAUGCCCUGCCAGCUUUUUGCUGUGGGAUAAAGGACACGAAAAAUUUAACCGGAUUGCGCAAGGACGGGGAGUUUGUGCUGACAAAAACCGCCAAGGAGCUGGUGUACACGAACCGUGACUUGCCGAUGUCUUCGUUUGCCCGCGUGCCCAACAACGUGGGAAACAAACCCUUGCUGAAACGGGUGAUCUCCGAACCCUGUUACGAGCAGUACGACACGGCGACCAGCACCUUCUCCUUCGGGGAAAGAAGAUCACUGCAGCGGAAGUUCAGGUAGAUGAAACAGAUAAGGAAUUGUGGGUGUUUCUUGUGACCUGCAAUUUUUUUUGCUUUGCUGGGAUCGAUACCUGUAAUGCAACAUCAUGUCAACUACAUGAAUCAUUGUCAUUGUAUGAUUCUGCUUCUGUACUAGUUCUAGUUGCAAUUUCAUCUAAUUUUGAUUCACCUUGGUGGAGCCAUCGAAUGAAUAUUGUGUCAAAGGAAAUAAACCCUAUCAGGCUCACUCGUGGUCUUUCGAAGAUUCAGCGCAAAGUCCUGGAAUCCAGGAAAUCUGUCGCGUCGAUCGCGAGUCUGGCCCGCGACACGACGAAAAAGCAGAAGCAGGGGAGGACGGAAGAGCCAAGUUGGUACAUCCCGCCACUGCCGAAGGAAGAAGGUCUGGGCGAAAUUUUAGCGAACAAAUCGCUGAAGAAUUACAAGGUGACCGCGCGGGCGCGCGACAUCGAGCCGAACGAGCCAAAUCAGCAAGACUGCAUCCCAACGAGGUGGACUGGAAUUGGCACGCGGGAUUACGACUUGUACAAUUUGCUAAACAUGACAUUGUAGGGGUUUGCUUUGAUGUGCUUAUUUGUGCGUCACAGAGCAGUUUGAUACUCCUGCAUCUGUCAACCGACGAAAUAAUAAAGUCGAUCACGGUCAAAAAAAUUAGAGGAGAAAAGUCAAGACCUUUGUUGCUUCCCAUCGGGAUGAAUGGGGCAAUGAGGUAGCUUGUACUACUAUUUGCCACUUGCACUUGCAAAAUCUUCUACAAACGAAAGACGCUUGUUUAUUACGCUUAACAGUUUCGAAUUGCAAAAAAAAAAUGUACUACUACCGAUCAAAUAUUACAAUUGUCUCAACAUCAACCGACUUGAAGUGUCACAUUUGUUCAUAUUGGAAAAUUACAGAACCUGUCCAAUCUGUAGUUCUAUAUCGCGGUGCUCCUAAUUGCAGCAGAAUCUAGAUCUACACAUAAAAGAACUUCGAUGUUUAUUCCUACAGUACUUCUUUAUCACGAACUUCAACUUGUAUCCUACGACCAUUGUGAAUACGAAAAGGACAUGACUUUGAUUGUCCGACCAAAUAAAAAGCAAUGUACUGGAGACGGAGUCCACGUCCUCCCCGGGGCGCAAGAAAAUUGUGAAAAUUGCUGCGUGCUGCAGCUUUUCAUCAUCUGCGUUAGCGUUCGCGGAAACAUUACUUGUUAGGCGCGAUGUUUGCUAGUACUUGGCUCCUACACAACCAAAGCUAACAAGAUCUGCUGCUUGGUCUUGAACCGGAGGAAAGAUGCUCAAUAAAUGAACGAGAAAACAACUUCAGAG